AUGAGUACGGAAAUUGGUGAGGUGAUCCGAUACAUCGAGUCUGAACUGCCAACUUUCGCUAUCUCAGAGUUCGUGGAAUCUGAAGAGGCCGCGGAGAUCAAGCUUCGUCAGAGGCUGCGACUACCUGACUCGCGUUCGACAACAUUCCAGCAACGCUUUUCCAGAGCCAAGAAGCCCCCAAGCUCCAUCGAUGGCGCUUAG